CCCCUCUCUCUCUCUCUCUUCCUUCUUUGUCUCUUUCUUUUGCUCCAAACUUUCUCGGUGAAUUUUCUCGCCCUCCAAACAGAAUUGUAAAAACUGAAAAAAAAAAUGGUGAGGGAUGACUUGUACAUAACGGUGCCGAGUUUCUUCAGGUGUCCGAUCUCGCUGGACGUGAUGAAGUCACCGGUGAGUCUGUGCACCGGAGUGACUUACGAUAGGUCCAGUAUCCAGCGGUGGCUGGACAACGGUAACAACACGUGUCCGGCCACGAUGCAAGUCCUUGACAGCAAGGAGAUCGUCCCCAACCGCACACUACAGCGCCUAAUCCAGAUCUGGUCUGACUCGGUCCGUAAGGGCCGAGUUGACUCGCCCGAGUCACCUCCUUCUGUACCCUCGCUACACCAAGUGAAGGACCUAAUCAAGGACCUGUCGAGCCAAACAGAAAGUAACAGUUCCUUGGAAUCCUUGUCGAAGAUUCUUUGCUUCGCGAGAGAAUCGGAGGAGAACCGAAAGUCUCUGGCGAGAAUGGACGGCUUCAUUGUCACGCUCGUUGAAUUUCUUGGCAAUGCCGGUGAAGGAACGUGUAGAAAUUACAACCACCAUUUUCUUGAACAAGUGGUUAUGGUUUUGGAAUCGGUGCUGAGCAAAGUCGAAGAACAAGAGCAGCUGAGGGAUUUGUUUUUGAAGACGGACCUCGAUUCCUUAGCCUCAAUUCUUCAGGUUUUACAGCAAGGAAGCACAGAGGCGAAAAUCGCAUCGGCUAGGGUUUUGGAAACAAUCGCAAACGACGCGGAAUCGAAGCUCAUAAUCGCAGAAAAGGAAAACUUAUUAGAGGAAUUACUGAAACUAAUAUCUCCAGAAAACGAAUCAUCUGUAAUCGAAGCAGGACUGUCAUGCUUGAUCCGAAUCUCAAUGCCGAAACGAGCGAGAUCGAAACUGGUCCAACUCGGGGCAAUAAAAUCGGUGGCGAAACUGAUUUCGGAUCCGAACCCGUCGUCAACGGUGUCGAUAACAGAAAAAUCGCUGAAGGUGAUGGAAAUGAUGUCGUCGAGCAAAGAAGGUCGGUCGCAAAUAUGCGAUGACGUGGCAUGCAUAGCGGCAAUAGUCCAGAAGGUUCUGAAAGUAUCGAGUGUAGCGACGGAGCACGCGGUGACGAUACUGUGGAGCGUGUGUUACCUGUUCCGUGACCAAAAGGCACAAGACGUAGUAGCCAAAGCCAAUGGCUUAACCAAGAUUUUGUUGCUAAUGCAAAGCAAUUGCUCGCCUUCUGUUCGCCAAAUGGCUGCUGAUAUGCUCAAGAUCUUUCGUGUCAAUUCCAAGUCUUGCCUUUCUAGUUACGAUACUAAAACCACACAUAUCAUGCCGUUUUGAUGUCAUACUGUGCCUCUACCUGUACCUGUGGAGCCCCUUAAUUUGUAAUUUUUUUCUUUUUUAGUUUUAGUUAGUGAAACUAGAAAAUUUCUCUUUCUGUUUUAAGAGAUGGAAAGGGGAAAAAGAAUAUUUUCAUUUGUAAAUCAAAAGGAAAUUUUGGUUUUUA